AGUGAAGCCAGGUUCGGCUCGCGGGGGCGGGCAAGGCAGAUCGAGCUAGCCAGAGAGGGAGGGGGUGUCACCCGUCCACCUCACGAGAGGAACCUGUCUCGAUCGAUCCCUCGCUCUUCGCACCCUCCACCCCAAGAAGUCGUAGCAGUGAGAGGGAGUGAAGAAGGAAUAAGAGAAAUCAGAAUCUAGAAAGUCAUGACAGACCGCCUGCGGAUAGGCGUCCUGGCGGUCCUCACGCCCUUCCUCCUCCUCUCCUUGGCCCCGCCCCCGGCCGCCGGCUACCUAGCGCACGCGGGGCGGCAGCGCAAGGCGGGACCCAUCGACCCGUCGGGCUGCGAGUGCUUCGUGACGGACGGACCUUCGGCGGCGUCCUUUGCGCAGUACAAGUUCUUCGACUUCCGGGACCUGCCGGGAGCCGGGACGCCGGCGCCGCUAGCGGACGGCAACCGCAGCGCGGCCGCGCCCGUCACCAGCGCCUACUUCGACAGCCGCGAGUUCGCGUCCGCGUGGACCGUCCAGAGCCGGGCCGGCGGCCUGCCCCCCGACGGCCGCGUCCUCGUCGCCAACCAGUACUCGCGGAACAACGUCUACGUCGCGCCCAACGCCGACGCGCGCCCCGCCUCGCGCACCUACCUCGCCCUGCGCACCCUGCGCCGGGGCAGCUUUCAGUCCUCGGCCGAGGUCCAGUCCGCGUCCGCCGGCUACCAGCACCUGUCGGCGCGCGUGUUCGCGCGCGUGCGCGGCGACCCGGGCGCCGUCGCCGCUAUGUUCACGUACCGCGGCGCCGCGGCCGCCGCCCGCGUCCAGGAGGCCGACCUCGAGGUGCUCACCGGCGACCCCGCCACCCUCGUCCACUACACGAACCAGCCGUCGCAGGUCGGCGGCGUCGAGCGCCCCGGUGCGACGCAGAACGCCACCAUCCCGGGCCCCUGGGCGGCGUGGCACGUCCACCGCUACGACUGGACCCCCGGGGCUAGCACCUGGUACGUCGACGGCCGCUGCGUCGCGAGCAACAAUUUCCAGGCGCCCCGCGACCCGGCCAACUUCCUCUUCAAUUCCUGGUCCAACGGCGGCAGCUGGAGCGGCCUCAUGGCCGACGGCGGGUUAUCCGUCAUGGAUAUCCAAUGGGUCGAAUUCCUCUACAACAACACGGCCGAGCCCUCCCGCUUCAGCUAUUGCUCCAAGGCCUGCAGCGUCGACUGACGCUUCCAGCACCGCGUGCCCGGACUCCUUAGCUCCGGCCCCUGAACACAAACCUCGAUUGAAUGCCUGGAGCGGAAUUUUACGGUAGAAUCAAUGUGGCAAUUUCUCCGGGUUGUAUACGAGCCUACGUUAACCGUGGCGAAUCUGUUUCGUUAGGAGUUGUGCCAUAUAUUAGCCCAAAUUCAAGGCGUUUCUCUGUUACGCAGGUGACGCGCGUUACUCUCUCCCCAUCCUACCAGCCGCUUCGACGAGGGAGAGAAGAAGGGGAUAGCAUUAUGAUAAAGGAGUAUGAAUAGA